CCCGCGCCUCGUUCCGCAAGGGGGCGCUCGGCUGGACACCGACUCCAGGGGAGACGCGGUUGCGGAAAGGCGGAGCCGUGCCUAGCAAGAUGGCGCUGCCCGCGUUGCUGCGCCAGUUCUCCAAGCUGCUGGCUCCAGCUAGGCUCCCAAGCGGCUCUUCUGUGCGAUCAAAGUUCUACGUUCGGGAUCCGCCACACGACAAACCUGACUGGCUGAAAGUUGGACUGACCUUGGGCACCUCCGUCUUCUUGUGGAUCUAUCUCAUCAAACAACAUAAUGAAGAUGUUUUAGAGUAUAAAAGAAGAAAUGGGUUGGAAUAAACUAUUGAAAUACUAAUAUGGUAUGUUCCAUAUAGUGAUUAUACUAGUUCCUUUGGAUUCACCUAUCUUUUGAGUUGUAAACGUGAAAGAAAAAGUUGUAUGUGAAUGUAUGUCAAAUCAGCAUUUGUGUUUUGCAUCAUUAAAUGAAAAAAUAAAAAUACUUCUGUAUUCUUCAGAGUA